AUGAACAGCAGAGGACGCUGCCACAACGCUUAUCAGGAGGAGAGGGGCAGUGACUCCCAGGGCUCAGAGGAGGCUGGCGGAGGAGGGGACUCCUUGACCCAGGCCCAGACAGGMGGGWCGAGGCGCUGCAGGGCCCACAGUUCAGUAGCCGAGGAGGGGGCUCCACUUCUGGUGGAGGUGGGGGUCCAUCAGAGACACAAGACCCCAUCCCACCACAGCCCUGGAGGAGGAGGAGGAGGAGGAAGAGUAGGAGCGGCCAGUGCCUCUGGUUCUCCUGCCUAUCCAUCUGCCAGCGGAGUCUUCCACCCUGUGGCAGCAGCGACCCUGCCGCACCCCCAGGGCCAGAGUAGGGCCCCUCGCGGGGCCUCAGACUCACCUCCCGGCCUCCUGGUCCUCCCUCGCUCCCCAGGAGCCCACAGCCGGGUGCUCUGCACGCAGUACCCGUCCCAUAGUGACUCGUCUCUGGCCACGGGGAGCUCCGAUGGCAGCCUCCAGACCACCCUGGAGGAAGGACUCAGCUUCAGUGUUUCGCCCCCUCAAGACCUYGCGUCCCCKCUCCCUCCUCUCCCCCUGCUCUGCCCCCCGCUCCCUGAGGACCCCACCAGCUGCCCAGCAGGCCAGACUCUGAGACCGCGGCCCAGCCCCUCGUCAGGCCCUGCCCUCACCCUCCAGGCCACUCGGGGCCACCAGCGGAGCCAGAGCAGCGGCAGGGGUAGCAUCAGRCCCGGCUAUACCCGGGAGGACUCCAUGGACCCCGUUCCAUGUGACCUGGAGGACCUGGGCAUCGGGAUCAGUUCGUCCAUCGGGGGGUGUGGCUCCAGCCAGGCGGGCAACAGCGAACACUUGUCAGAGACGCUAAGCAGCCUGUCGCUCACAUCGUUGCUCUCGCCCGCCUCCCUGGCACCCCCGGGGGUGAAGAAAUGCAACAGCACGGGGAGCUUGAACCAGGGGGCGAGGAGGGGGGAGGGGAGACAGAUCCUAGGGUUGGAGUUGGACCACCAGGGCUUCCUGGCCAACCCUUGGGGAGAGAGUGGGGGAAGCAGAGGAGAGGAGGGACAGUUGGGAGAGGCGCCGGGCCUCAAGGGGAAAAGCUCAAGCCAAACAACAGUAGGGUCCUGUAGUAAAAACAGAUGAAGCCUGAAUCCCUUAUUGUCUACUACCGCUCCUAUUAGGAUUCAUCAACCCAUUACUGUUCCUCUCCGUCCCCCUCAGGCAGAGAGAAGUUUCACGUUUUUGACAACGUGUGAUGUAAUCCCGUGAAUUCCUAUAACCAAACCCCUCCCUCUCGCUAUAUAAAUAUUUAUGUUUAUGACCCCCCCUGUCCCAUUUUGUGCUACCCUGUGGCAGUGGUUCAGGUGUGGAGGGUCAGAGGUCAAACGGUGGAAGGUUAAAGGGGAUUACAGGUGUGACCCCUGUGGUGAGGGGGUGGGGGGCUGGGAUGGACCCCCCAUCAAACCCCUCUGGAGGAGAAGGACCCCCAGAGUAGGAGACAGACCAGGAGGGCUGCAUCAUCAUAUCAGGGAGAUAUACAUAGAAGACGCAGACAGAGACAAGCUGAGACAGAGAUCUAACGAGAACAUUUUGUCUUAUCGUCGUUCCUGUUUUCCUGUUUGUUUUCAUUUUUUCUUCGGCUUCACAGAAGUUUAAAAUGCAAAAAUAGAAUAUCUAACAAAACUGAGCUGAUCAAGCCAACAGAUUUUAUUUAUUUUUCAGUGUGGCUGUACAUCACAGUGUAGGAGGAGGCUGUAUGUACGUUGCGGUGUAGGAUGAGCCUGAAUGUACGUCACGGUGUAGGAGGAGGAAGUUUCUCCAUGAGGGCUGAAGCCAGAUCUGUUGUGGCAGACGGAGGCUACAGGUCCUUGUGUGUGGAGUGGAGGAGGGGUGAGGAGGUUUAGGUUGAACAGAGGUAGUGUAGAGUUCACCUGAGAAGGAGUUGUUAUAGUGGAAGAGCUGAGACUUAGGUAGCAAAAGCAUGCGUUAACUUCUCAUCACCAUCACCUAACCCCUUCCCUCCAUCGGUACUUUUCAGGAAGGACUGUAUGUGUGUGUGUGUCUAAGUGAUAGUAUAACAGGAAAAAAAGAGACAGAGAGAUAGAGAUCAUACUAAGAUCCCACUCCUGCAUGCAGCAGUUUGUGAAAUAGGCUCUUUUAUCCCAACGUCACUCACUCAGAGAGAAGGACAGGGAGUGAAUGAGAGAGACAGGACAGCCUGCUAUAUCCACUCACAGUAGCAGAGCCUCUCUGUCAAACACACUGGCCCUCCUGAGACAAACAAACUAAGGAGACGAGAUCGAGCAACCAUUCACUCUGGAGAUGAAAAACUCACACCUGCAUACAGUUGCUUCACAAUGGAAGUGUGUGAAAUUCAAACCUGUCACUCUCUUCUCUUUGUCACUUUGCGAAAGUAAGAAAGGAAGAAUAAUCAGAGAUAUGAAUUCCAGACCAAUAGAACUCCUAGAAGAUAGAGGCAGUUUGCCUGCAUGAUGGAAUUAUUGCAUUUUACCAAGAGUUUUAAUAUAUAUACGAAGUGUAUCAAGAUGUCAAUGUUGGAUGAUAAUUAUAAAGUGGUUUCUAUUCCAAUAUUUUUUUAGAAUACAGAAUAGGAGCGUGACAGUGUUGUCAUGACUUUGUCCUUGACCUAUACCUUACCCGUACGAUUUCUCGUAUAACUUAUUGUCGAAAACCACUUGUCUGCAAAUGGCUUUCAGUUUUAUAAUGUGGGGUUAAAAAUAU